GAACGGGGUGAACGUUGAAGGAGCCACGCACAAGCAAGUGGUGGACCUGAUCCGUGCUGGGGAGAAGGAGCUGAUCCUGACGGUGCUGUCGGUGCCUCCCCACGAGGCUGAUAACCUGGACCCCAGCGACGACUCCUUGGGGCAGUCCUUCUAUGACUACACGGAGAAACAGGCCGUGCCCAUCUCCAUCCCCACCUACAAGCACGUGGAGCAGAACAGCGAGAAGUUUGUGGUGUACAACGUGUACAUGGCGGGUCGCCAGCUCUGCUCCAAGCGCUACCGCGAGUUCUCCAUCCUGCACCAGAACCUGAAGCGGGAGUUCGCCAGCUUCCCCUUCCCCCGCCUGCCUGGCAAGUGGCCCUUCUCCCUCUCCGAGCAGCAGCUGGACGCCCGGCGCCGUGGCCUGGAGGAGUACCUGGAGAAAGUGUGCUCCAUCCGCGUCAUCGGGGAGAGCGACAUCAUGCAGGAGUUCCUGUCGGAGUCAGACGAGAAUUACAAUGGUGUCUCAGACGUGGAGCUCCGAGUAGCACUACCAGAUGUAACCACAGUGACAGUCCGGGUGAAAAAGAACAGCACGACAGACCAGGUGUACCAGGUGAGCUGCUGCUUUUUCACCUUGAGGGGAGGAUUUGCCUUGCUGGAGU